AUGGAAGCAGCAUGCAUUCCAAAUUGUAGAGGCCGGUUUUCCUGCAAUAGGUUUGCUAUUUUCUUAGUAGGAGAAGAAGAUGGGAAACAAAUCCAGCAGAAUACCAGAAGAAGAGUGAAGCACAAGAAUGUUACCUUCGUUGUGUGUGAUGUUGGGGGCCAGGAAAAGAUCAGGCCCCUCUGGAAGGAAUACAUUGGGCAUUCCAAGGGCGUUAUUUUUGUUGUAGACAGUGAUGACAGGGAGCGUAUUAGUGAGGCAAAAGAUGUGUUGCACAAUUUGCUGAAAGAGAAAGAGCUGAGAGAUGCUGCUGUUGUUGUGUUUGCAAACAAGAAUGAUUUUCCCAAUGCAAUGAGUGUUUUAGAGAUCACAGAGGAGCUUGAAAUGUCUUCUUUAACUCAACGCCAUUGGCAUGUUCAGAGCUCCUGUGCUACUUCUGGUGAUGGUCUCUAUGAAGGCUUGGAUUGGCUUUCUAAUAAUGUCUAG